CAGUAUAACAAGAACCGGUGUCGCAGCAACUCUCAUAGCUUACAUUUGAAAUUAAAAUGAAAACAAAAAAAAUUCAAAACGAAAACGGUGACGAAACAAAAGAAGAUUUAUAUACUAAAACAGUUGGUGAAUUCGGGAAAUGGCAAACCCUUUUAUUCCUAACAAUAGCAUUGCCUAUUAAACUAACAAUGCCUUGGAUACAUUUCGGUAUAAUAUUUUUGGCACCCAAAACAGUUUUUCGUUGCGUUAAGUUAAAUUCUACAAUAGAAACUCUUAAUUCAACGUGCUAUAGUGAUUGUGUUGAAUACGAAUAUUAUAGUGAAUUUGAGAGCACCAUUAUAUCGGAAUGGAAGCUCAUUUGCGAUAGAGCUUGGAUGGCAAACUUUACACAGAGCAUGUGCAUGUUCGGUGUUCUUGUCGGCAGUAUUGUGUUCGGUUUUAUUUCUGAUCGGUAUGGACGUCGACCUGGAGUCAUCUCAUCGUGCUUGCUGCAACUGAUUACCAGCUCGAUUACACCAUUCUGUACAAACUAUUGGAGUUUUGUCGUCGUGAGGUUCGGACUUGGUGCCUCGACAGCAGGCACUAUGAUGUCAUCCUUCAUCUUUCUAAUGGAAAUCGUGGGACCCGCCAAACGCGAAUUACUAGGCUGCGUGUACUCUAUGCCGCUGGCUAUUGGUUACGCGCUGAUGGCACUUAUGGCAUAUUAUCUGAGAAGUUGGACAAAUUACAGUAUAGGAGUGGCCUUGCCCAGUAUUAUAUACUUAACGUAUGUUUUCUAUAUGCCGGAAUCCCCAAAAUGGCUAAUCUCAGUUGGACGGCUUGAAGAGGCCAGUAUUGUUAUGACCUCUGCGGCUAAAUUCAACAACAUCGAUCUCCCAUCAUCAGGUAUGUUGUCAGUCGUCGAAACAUUGGCCAAAAAGGGAAAAGCUGAAAUAAAGACUCAAAGAAAGGCUACUUAUAUGGACUUGGUCAGAUUACCAAGUUUGAGGAUUAAGAACUUGUGCUGCUGCGUCGUUUGGCUGGUGAUUGGGAUAAGCUUUUAUGGCGGUACCCAAUACUUUGGACAGACCAGUAUAAAUACAUUCUUAUCUGUCGCUUUGGGAGGUCUGGUGCAGAUCCCUGGGCUACCACUGAGCGCGUAUUUCUCGAAAAGAUUUGGACGCCGUGUCGCCAUCAUUGGCAUGUUCGUGAUUAACUGCAUUUGUAACCUGCUAUUAGUUCUCCCUGACGCAUGGUUUUAUCUGAAGCUCGUGGCUGGUUCCAUAGCCAACGCUUGCGGAGCUGCUGCGUUUUCUGUAGUAUACGUGUACACUACAGAGCUGUUCCCAACGGUGGCUCGGAAUAUGGCCAUGGGCGCUUCAUCCACCACCACGCGAGCCGGCUCUAUGUUGGCACCAUUCUUUGGCGAGCUAAAUGUACUGGCUUCCUGGCUACCACCCAUUGUAUUCGGACUGUUCCCAGUACUAGGAAUCGUGGCCUGCUAUUUCCUUCCGGAGACGAAAGGGAAACAGCUAGACGAUCAUCUGGACGAAUCUUGAUCUAUUUAAGAUAACCUUUGAGAUCGACAAAUAUAUACAUAAGCGUAACAAACAUAUUUUCUUGUAUAUUAAACUAGCGACCCGCCCUUGCUUCGCUUCGGAAACUGUAAUUUAUUAUUGAUUUCUCCACUAUUUAAUGGAUGUCAUUAUACAUAUAAACCUACCUCUUCAAUCACUCUAUCUAUUAAAAAAACCGCAUCAAAAUCCGUUGCGUAGUUUUAAAGAUUUAAGCAUACAUAGGGAUAUAGGGACAGAGAAAGCGACUUUGUUUUAUACCAUGUAGUGAUGAGUUACUACUUUUUUGAGUACUUUUGAAAUUUAAAUCAGUUUUAAAUAUUUUUAUUCGUUUUUAUUUCGUCUUUCAUUUGUAGCGAUAUCUUUGAUCGAAUUGAAGAAAAUGAGAAACAACCUAAACUGUGCUUACUUUCACGAAAUAUCGCAUACAUGUUCUCAUCCGUACCAUAGGUGGAAGAUCUUCACUCUAUAAUGUAAACUAUCAUUGAAUUAAAGCGUAUAAAUUAAUAUUUUAGUCUAUAGAAAAGAGAUUAAUUAGUCGAUAGAAAAAGACAACCUUUAAACAUUCAUAACAGUAUGUAUGUUUAGUUAAUUCAUUGCUUAUUUUAAUUUUAAAUAUACCUAUAUAUAAAAACGAAUUACUGUUCGUUAGUCUCGCUAAAACUCGAGAACGGCUGGAUCGAUUUAGCUAAUUUUGGUCUUGAAUUAUUUCUAUAAGUCCAGAGAAGGUUUAAAAGGUCGAUAAAUAUGAAAAUGCUCGGAAUUAAAUAAUAAUAACAA